UUGUGUCAAUUUACUUGGAUUUUAAAAAUAAAGAAAAAUUUGAGAAACUCAAGAAAUUAAGACAAGCACAAAAAGAACUACCCGUUGCUAAGUACAGGUCAGAAAUAGUAGCUGCUGUACAAAAUGAAAGAGUUGUCAUUGUAGCUGGAGAUACUGGAUGUGGAAAGUCUACACAAGUGCCGCAGUACCUUCAUGAAGCUGGUUAUCAGAAUAUUGCGUGCACGCAACCAAGAAGAAUAGCCUGUGUGUCACUAUCAAAGCGAGUAGCAUUUGAGAUGCUGACUCAAUUUGAAAGCAAAGUCGGCUACCAGAUUCGGUUUGAGAAAAGCAAAACAGCAGAUACUAAAAUAUGUUUUAUUACCGAAGGUUUGUUGCUUAGACAGAUGUCUUCAGAAAAUCUGCCAAAUUAUGACGUCAUAAUCCUAGAUGAGAUACACGAGCGACAUCUCAUGGGUGAUUUUUUAUUAGGCGUGUUGAAAUGUCUGAUUCACAGUAGGAAUGACAUCAAACUAGUACUAAUGUCGGCUACAAUUAAUAUUAAAUUAUUUGAAGACUAUUUUUCCGCUGAAUCUGCUGCAGUUGUACAGGUGCCUGGACGCUUGUUUCCUAUUGAGCUUCACUAUAAGCCCACAUUCAUAGAAGACAAGCCUACGAGAGACGACCGGCUGGAUCCACAACCCUACGUUCAGGUCAUGCAAUUGAUUGACAAUAAGUACCCUAACCGUGGACUGGCGCUUAAGCUGUUUCGAAAUGAGCUGGUCUUUGACUAUCCACCAGAGGGCGUUAGAAAAUGCAUAGUCUCCACAAAUAUAGCAGAAACUUCAGUCACCAUUGACGGUAUAAGAUUCGUCGUUGAUUCGGGAAAGGUAAAAGAAAUGAGCUACGAUUCCACAACAAAAAUGCAAAGGUUGAAAGAGUUUUGGAUAUCAAAAGCGAGCGCUGAUCAAAGAAAAGGACGUGCUGGAAGAACAGGUCCCGGUGUUUGCUAUCGCAUCUAUUCUGACAAGGAAUAUUCCGAAAUGGAACCCUUUAGCACUCCUGAAGUAUCCCGCGUGCCUUUAGCUUCCUUGCUGCUACUCAUGAGCUCGCUCGGUGUCAACGAUGUAAGGCGCUUCCCCUUCAUCGACACUCCGCCUGAAGACGCUAUUGAGAACGCCCUAUUGGAGCUCAAACAGCAUGGAGCGCUUACAUCAAACGAAAAACUAACUUCACUGGGACGAACCCUAGCCAACCUGCCAGUAGAAGUGGAACUUGCGAAAGCCCUAGUGAUCGGCAGUGCAACUCUACCACCUCACAAGAGAGAUUCUGCCCUCGCUUUGACUGCAGCUUUGGGCAUCCGCUCUAUUUAUACUACGAGGGCGCAUAGGGAUUUCGAAUGUGAGAACGCUCGCAAACCAGACGAAUCUGACCACGGCGAUCCGAUAACCCUUCUCUCUUUAUACUGCGCGUGGUUGGCAGUAAAAGCAGAAGGCCAAGGCGGACGCGCAUGGUGUCGCAGACGCGGCAUCGAGGAACAGAGAUUAUAUGAACUGACUAAGUUGGCUGCACAACUCCGGAAUUUACUGCAAGACAACAAUCUAAUGGAAACACCAGAACCUGAGUCAAUGACGUCAGCAGAACGAGCGAUGCGUCAUGGACAGUUGAAACAACUGAAAGAUAUGAAACGACAAUACAAACAAAAAGCGGCAGAAGAAUCGAAACGGAAGAAACGCCUCAAAGUCGAUUCGUGGGAGAUAGUCAACGACAAAAACGAAGAGGAAGACGUCAUGGACAUUCGCGAUAUUGAAUUUCGUAUGACCAACGAUGCAGGAAGGAUCAGAGCUCUUGUUUCUGGUGCUUCUGCUUCAAGUGGACGCGACCUUAUUAUGUUGAAGUUAGUGUUAUGCAGAGCGUUGUACCCACAAAUUGCAGUCGCAGAUGCAUUUAACCAUUGCAAGUCAAUAUUCGAACAAAUAUACCACACGUGGAGUAAACCGUUCGUGUUUCUCCACCCGACAUCAAUCUUCGGCAAGCAACCGCGGGUGCUGCAACUAAGUGACGCGGACAUGCAAACUGAUCCACCUCCUGGUUAUAAGAGCAAAUUGCCGCUGUCGGAUAAACAUCAGAUAUUGUGUUAUUUAUCUCUCCUCGAGACUACAAAACCGUAUAUAGUAAACUCAAUGCGCAUGCCUGCUGCGCAAACGUUAUUGUUAUUGGCUCACUCGAUUGACACUAAUAUUGGGUUUACCAGAAUUGUAUGCGAUUCGUGGUUGUUGCUGGAGUUUCCAUUUCCCGAGACUGGAUUGAGUUUAUUAAUGAAAGCCGUUAAGUUACGACAGAGAUGGGAUGCUCUUAUCAACCGACGACUUGCAGAUGCAAAUACGAACAAAUCGGUAGAAACAGAGCUCCAAAAGAACCAGCCUAAAGCGUCGUUUGAAGAGCUGCAGCACAAUCUGUCCUGUGACAUCAGUUCUUAUAUGAGCUCGGAAGUGUACUACACUAUAAAGAGGCUAUUACCUGGAGAUUUGAAGGUUUUAUAUUGUGGUCCAGAUGAAGCGCACCCGAGUAUAGACCCAAAUCCUUUUGAAGAAGGCUUUGAAUGUCGUGCUCAUGAUAAGAAAGGAGGUGUUUACGUUACCGAUAACGUUGUUUAUAACUGCGUAAUAGACACCGAUUGGAGUUACACAAGCUAUCAAGAAGUCUACAGUCUGCCCUGGACCUGUGAAUUGUGUCAUAUAACAGCUUGCCUGUCGCCAUUAGAACGCUUCCAACAUACAAAAUUCACCUGUUCUUCUAGAACGCAAGAGAACCUUCCAGAAACUUCCUCAGCGCCAAAGGAUAAUAGACCUAAUGCAAAAGAAUAUAAGUGUGAAACUUGUGAACAGAAUUUGUAUAUGACGCCUGUUGAAAUAUUAAGGCACAAGAAGAGUUGUAAAGGAAAAUAA